CCGUUGCCAUGGCCCGCACCAAGCAGACGGCGCGCAAGUCCACGGGCGGGAAGGCGCCCCGCAAGCAGCUGGCCACCAAGGCGGCCCGCAAGAGCGCGCCGGCCACGGGCGGCGUGAAGAAGCCGCACCGCUACCGGCCCGGCACCGUGGCGCUGCGCGAGAUCCGCCGCUACCAGAAGUCCACCGAGCUGCUGAUCCGCAAGCUGCCGUUCCAGCGGCUGGUGCGCGAGAUCGCGCAGGACUUCAAGACCGACCUGCGCUUCCAGAGCUCGGCCGUCAUGGCGCUGCAGGAGGCGUGCGAGGCCUACCUGGUGGGGCUCUUCGAGGACACCAACCUGUGCGCCAUCCACGCCAAGCGCGUCACCAUCAUGCCCAAGGACAUCCAGCUGGCGCGCCGCAUCCGCGGGGAGCGGGCGUAAACCCUCCUCCGUCUCUACCUGGUACCCAAAGGCUCUUUUCAGAGCCAACUACCUACCACAGAAGUUGCUGUAACUACUAAGCCAUAGUACCCUGGCGUUGUGGGAUUUGACGUUUACCUGCCUUAGCUGGGGCCUUUCAACAACGGCUUUUGACCCUUAGUUCUGAGCCUGGGUUUGCUCGGACGUGGAUGCUCACGGCGUACCCGGUCCUAGCUUCUCUGCUCCGUGGACUCGCGACCGCCUUCCAUGUGCCUGGACACGAAGUUUAUCAUUUGUGCUUGGAAGCUUCAGGUUUCUUUUCAUUGUCGGUGUCCCCACUCCCACAGGAGAAGGGGGGAGGUGUUGCGAGUCUUGUUCCAUGUCUUUGCUAAUCGCCCCGCGGACAGCUUUGCUGCUCGCUCUUUGCCUCCCACCUACUCUUCCCAGGUGACCAGCUCAGUCCCAGAGUUGUGUUUGUUACAAUCCAGGAAAGCCACACACAAAUUAAGAUCCUGUGAAGGAAGGCACUCUAAAAUUUUGUUUUCCGUUGUUUCCUCACGUGGUCUCAGCCUUUAACAAUAUCCUCCUGACAACCGAGUUUUACAGGUCAGAGAUGCACUUUCUUGAUUUUUAAAAAACAAUUUGUGUGUACUUUUUAUGCUCUCAGCAUCUGGUUCACUAAAUUUGGAAUGGAAUUCAGGAAACAAGAAAAUAAUAUAAAAACACAAGAACAGCACCACUUAAUAAAAUUAACUUUUAAAAAAAUCAUGCUUUAUAUUCACUACAUAUUUUCAUAUUUAUAUUAGGCACCAAGGUUUACAACAUUCUUAAGGACAGUUAACAGGUUUCACUAGUUUUCUUGUUUAAGCAACAAUAUAGAUUUGUCAGAAACACAGUUUAUGUUUAAUGUUGAGUUGGAAGAGAUUGAUGGUAGGAAGUGACAUUAUUUUUUUCAUCGUUCCUUUUUCUCUAUAUAUACAUUUGCUUGUAGCAUGUUAAGCUUAUUUUGGAAUAAACUAAUUUUUUCAGUCUGUUUUACCAGGAGUAUGUAAGAAAAAUGGGAAAAGACAGCAAAAUCCAAAGUGAAAGGAGUUCCUCCAUCCCACUAGAAUCAACACAGGGCUACUUCAAGCAGCACAAAGAACAUCAAAACCAUUAAUAAAAAUUUAAUAUGUGAUCCAAAUGGGGGUGAACGAAGAAAUUAGCCCAAUAUGACUUAUUUUACUUCUUGUACCCUCUUUGUACAGGCGUCAGUAUUUUAAACUUUAAGAUGACUUGAUUUAUGAUGGUUGGUUUUCUGUAGCAUUUUUAAAGGAAACAUUAUUUGUUCGUGUAAAAAUGUAAAUAUUCCCUAAGGCUAUGUCAUGUGUUGAGGAAUUGCAUUUUUUGGUGGGUAAUUAUGUACUUUUAAUCCUUUACUGUUUUCUUGAGAAAAGGCUGAACUUAAAUUUUCCAGAUGCUUGCUGGAUAUCUACUCCUACAAUGUCUCAUACUAGACUCUCAAAGUGACAGAUCCCAUUCUAAGUAGUUUCAAUCAAAAGAUAAACUUUCAUUGACAUCCAUAUGUGUUCCAGUAGCAACACCACAGUUUUAUUAACUAGCACAUAUACAUUUAGUUCUUUUCCUUCUUUUGUCACUACAUUCAGUGUAUCACCAAUUUUGGGGUGAAAAAAAAUCAGGGUCAGUUUUAUGCUAGUGGAGUGCCUAA